AUGCACAACUCCCAGAGGGGCUUUGCCCCCUACGAUCAGAUACCAGGCUCCCUGCCCGCCUACCCCGGCAGCGCAGCUCCCAUGGACAAGAGCUACGGGGAGUACUACAGCCAGGCGGGCGCGGAGGCGCAGCUGCUUGAAAUGCAGAGGGGCUCUCAGCUGGCAGACUUGAUAGCGCAGCAGCAGCAGCAGCAGCUGCUGCUGCAGCAGCAGGAGCAGCAGCAGCUGCAGCAUCACAUGCAGCAGCAGCAGCAGCUCCAGCAGCAGCUCCAGCAGCAGCACAUCCAGCAACAACAACUCGAGGCUCAGCUGCAGCAGCAGCAGCUGGAGCACCAGAUGCAGCUGCAGCAGCAUCAGCUGCAGCAGCAGCAGCUGCAGCAGCAGCAGCAACUCUACGAAGAAGAGGUAGACGACAUGUACGGCUACGGCUUUGUUGCUGCUCCUCAGAAGUCCUUUCCUGUUGCUGCUGCUGCUGCUGCUGCUGCUGAGCCAGGAGUCCCCGCCUAUGCAACAGCUAACAGCAGCACUUUCUUUGUUGACAGCAGCUCAAGCCUUAUGAAUUCCAUGGGCGUGCAGCCUGCUGCUGCUGCUGCUGCUGCUGCUGCGCAUGGCAGCGAGAGCAAAACAUGUGAGGCAAAGGAGAAAUUGCGCUUUGUGUGGAGCGGCGAAGAGUUCCUACACAUCACCGUCAACGAAGAGGUGCAGGGCCGCGUGGAAGCCACGGGCUUUAUAAAACUUCAUUUUUCUUCUUUGCAAGAAAAAAUUCCAAUGAGAGUAGAUGUAAUAAGCAGAGAGGGGCAAACAAAUGGUUUUUUAAUCCUGCGGUACGCUGUUUUGGGUCCUGCUGCUGCUGCUGCUGCUGCAGCAGCAGCAGCAGCGUCUGCGGCUGAUGCAGCAGCAGACCUCAAGGGGCUCCCCACGCUCCCCAGCAACUACGCCCUGCAGCAGCAGCAGCAGCAGCGCCAGGCCCUGCAGCAGCAGCAACUGCAGCAGCAGGACCCGCUGCGCGCUGACGCAGCAAUGCGGAUGACGAGCUGCGCAGCUAACGGGAUACAGCAGCAGCAGCAGCUGCUGCAGCAGCAGCUGCAGCACGGCAAGAAGCAAACCACCAGCAGCAGCAGCAGCAGCAGAAACAGCCGCAGCAGCAGCAGCAUGUUUUCGCGUUUUGGCCGCUGGUGCUGCGAGCUGCCAGCAGCAGAUCUCAACUAA